CCGAAGGGCCCACCCCGGGGCGUUCCUGAAGGGCGCCCUCGGCCGCCCCCACCGCCCCCCAAAUGUACUAUGCGCUUUCCCAGGCGCGCGUGAACGCGGCCCCCGCGACCAUGCUGCGGCCACAGCGGCCCGGAGACGUGCAGCUCGGGGCCUCCCUGUACGAGCUGGUGGGCUACCGGCAGCCGCCCUCCUCCUCCUCCUCCUCCGCCUCCUCCUCCACCUCCUCCUCCUCCUCCACGGCGGCCCCCCUCCUCCCCAAGGCGGCCCGCGAGAAGCCGGAGGCGCCCGCCGAGCCGCUGGGCGCGGGAACGGGGCCCGGCGCGCACGCGGGCGGCGGCUCCCGGGCGGACGCCAAAGAGGAGCAGCAACAGCAGCUGCGGCGCAAGAUCAACAGCCGCGAGCGGAAGCGCAUGCAGGACCUGAACCUGGCCAUGGACGCGCUGCGCGAGGUCAUCCUGCCCUACUCGGCGGCGCACUGCCAGGGCGCGCCCGGCCGCAAGCUCUCCAAGAUCGCCACGCUGCUGCUCGCCCGCAACUACAUCCUGCUGCUGGGCAGCUCGCUGCAGGAGCUGCGCCGCGCGCUGGGCGAGGGCGCCGGGCCCGCCGCGCCGCGCCUGCUGCUGGCCGGCCUGCCCCUGCUGGCCGCCGCGCCCGGCUCCGUGCUGCUGGCGCCUGGCGCCGUGGGGCCUCCCGACGCGCUGCGCCCCGCCAAGUACCUGUCGCUGGCGCUCGACGAGCCGCCGUGCGGCCAGUUCGCGCUCCCCGGCGGCGGCGCGGGCGGCGGUGCGGGCGGCCCAGGCCUCUGCACCUGCGCGGUCUGCAAGUUCCCGCACCUCGUCCCCGCCGGCCUGGGCCUGGCCGCCGUGCAGGCGCAGUUUUCCAAGUGA